CCUCCUCUUCCUCCUCCUCUUCCUCCUCUUCCCCCUCCUCCUAUACCCCUUAUCCGCCCCUUUCUCUUUCUUCCUCUCCUCCUUCUUCUCUCUCCCUCUUCUUCCCUCUUUAUCCUCCCUUCGCUCUCAACAUGGUACGCUGUUCCUUAUCCGCAUUUUGUUUCCUCUUCAUCCCAAUCUUCGUCGUCAUGUUACUUCUCAGCUUCAGUUACGAAAGGGUGGUGCGGUUCGAGCCCCAGGGGGUCCCAGACGGCCAGACCUUCGGGAGGCGCCUCAGCAUGGCCAAGAAUCCCUCGAAGGUGGCCAAGUGGGCCAGCGAGGUGGAGGACCUGUCCUACCCGCCCGUCAACCUCUCUUCCGUCGAGGAGAGCUUGAGGGCGCGGAGGGUCGAGGUCGAGGACCGAUGCCGGAGGACCCUGUCUGCGGAGGACCUCGCCCGCGCCCCCAACAGCAAGGAGUUCCUCAUCAGCGGCCGCUUCAACCUCGUGUGGUGCAACGUGUUCAAGGCCGCCUCCUCCACGUGGCUCUUCAACUUCCUCCUGAUGGCGGGCUUCACCGAGAAGGAGCUGCAGAAGUCGAGCUCCUCCCCGGUCGAGCUGGCCCGGAAGCAAGCCUACGCCCGCCCGUCGCAGGACGAACUCCGGGCGGCGCUGGAGAACCCCGGAGCCACGUCCUUCCUGAUCGUCCGCGACCCCUUCGAGCGCCUCCUCUCCGCCUACAGGGACAAGAUCGAGUCCACGAAACAGAAGUUCUACAGAACCCUUAGGUGCCAGAUCCAGCAGAAGGCCGUGCAGCGCAGAGGGACCCGAGACUGCCAGCCGACCUUCCCCGAGUUCGUGGACUACCUGCUGGAGGAGCGGGCGAAGGGCCACGCCCCCAACGAGCACUGGGCGCCCUACUACUCCUUCUGCUCGCCGUGCCAGGUGGCCUUCGACUACGUCCUGCGAUUCGAGAGUCUACCGCAGGAGGAGGCCUUCCUGGUGGCCAAGGUCCCUGGGCUCUCUGCCGUGGUCAAGCCCCACAAGGUCCAUUCCUCGCACACUGACUAUAACGCCGUCACGAGGCAGUAUUUCUCGCAACUUUCGGCCUUACAACUCGCUAAACUUUACGACAUUUAUAGAAAGGAUUUUGUAAUAUUCGGGUACAAUGCGACACGGUAUUGGGAGUAUGUUGGUGCAGUCUUCUAGACAGAUUUUUGUUUGGUUUGAGGUAAUAUUAUUAAAAAUAUGUAGUAUGUACACGCGCACACACUCAAACACACAUAUACACAUACAAACAGGCACUCAUACGAACGUACGCACAUACAUACACACAUCUUUGUGUGAAUGAAUAAAUAGAUGAAUAUAAAUGUAUAUAUAAAUAUAGAGAUACAGGGAUAGAUAGUAUUUAAAAAGAAACGGUUAUUUCAUGGAUGGUUUCUGUCCGUGUGCUGCCACCACCUGGACAUUGUUGUGGGGAGGGUUAAGAGCCUAAUGAUAAAAAAAAACUUUUUAUUAGAUAUAUAUGUGUAAAUACAUUAAUAAACAGACGUACACAUACACACAUACACAUAAAUGUACAUGUAUAUGUUUGAGUGUGCGAUGUGUUAAGACAAAAUAUAAAAAUCAAAAGGAUGUAUAUUAGGUUAUCUAUAGUAUUUUUAUAUAAUCGAUUGGAUAAUAAAUCUGUGUACAUAGGAUGUUUACAUACGUAAAUAGAAUAGAUUUUUAAAAAA